GGUCUCAGGGUUGCCAGGUCUGUCCGGCCUGAAGCCGCAGAGCCGCCACAGUCGAUUAAUCAUGAACCGAAAUCCGAUUAAAGAUCAAAAAGUGCGCAGGCAGAUCCAGUUCGCAGUUUCAGGAAGACGGAUAUGAGUUUGAACACAUCCCGUGCUUCACCGCUCUUGAGCCGCUCGCAGUUGCGAUGCGUCAACCUGGUGAAUCACCACCAACCUCAUCAGCAGGAGAAACGCCGAGGAGGAACAGGAGGAGGAGGACAGAGGAAGAUGGAGAGACAGGGGCAGAAUAAAAGGAGAAGGAGGAGGAGGAAGAAACCAAAAGCCUGCGCCGUCAGUCAGUCUGUCACAGACCACACACACCAGCAGCCAGAAAAGCAGCGGAGCGUCAAGAUUUAAGCUCCAUCCUGUGACCACCAUCCUCCUGCUGCUGCUCCUCAUACCUCCGAGGAGACUUAACAACUCUAAUCAUCAUCAUCGUCGUCGUCAUCAGAGGAUUAACUUUUCAUCAUCACAGUCGUCUGAGGGCAGCGGAUCUCAUCUGAGCCGAUGAAAAGUUUGUGGGUUUUUUCCGUUUCUUUUUUUUGUAAAUAAGAGUAACAGACAGCGAUCUGAUCCAGAGACGGAAGAAACCAUCUGAGCAGUGGAUGUGAACUUCUGAGAGCGCACUGAAGGGAAUUAAAGGACCUGGAGAAAAUGAUAACGCUGUGCAGAGUUCAUCACCGCCAUCUUCUCCUGCUCUUGGCUGCUGUGAUGGUGACGGCCAUGGACUCGUCACACCUAGCCAAUGAGAGGAGUUCCAUAGAGAGCACGUAUGAACUGACCAAGUACCUGGAGUACCAGCUGAAGGAAAUCCAAGACGUAUACCUCACCUAUCUGGGCCCUCCAUUCAAUGAGAAGGACUUUUCUCCUCCUCGGCCCAACAGCACAGCUCUGAGUCUACCCAGUGCUGCCACGCGCCUGGAGCUGUGGCACGGCCUGGAGAACCAGGCUCGACUAGCUCAGAACCAGAGGGCCUACUCUGUGCUGCUGGCUGCUGUCAGAGAGCUGGCCCGCUCCACCCUCUGCCCCUCUCUCAAAAUCUCCCUGCUGCACUUCUGCACCGGCCUGGACGGACUGCUGGGGUCAAUAUCUGCCCUCAUGUCCACACUCAGCUACACACUUCCUCCUGCAUCUGCGAACAUGAGGAGCCACAGUGGCGAGUUGCAGUACACUCAAAGAGGAGUAGGGGGCGAUAGACCAGCUCCACUUAUGAGCCAAAGCCUUUACAGGUCCAGAGCUGGGAGCAGAACUGAGUCCAGUCAGCGGAACGGCCAGAAACGAGGCGGGACCAAGGUGGUCAGAGAACGAGAAGACGGCCUCAGUGUAGACCUGAUGGAAAAAAGAAACCUGAGGGAAAAAAGAAGAGGAAAAGAGGGAAGGAGAGCAGACGCCACCGCAGCUGGAGUAAGGAGUGGCGGAUCCAGGGACAAGGGAAAAGGAGAAAGAGGGAGGAGAGGAAAGAGGGAAGAGCCAGAGAUGCGAGUAUGGGCUGCCAGCGAAGACCGUAAGAGCGUAGGAGAGGAGGGACAGAAGCAAAGGGAAGUCGAGAGAGUUGAGAGUUGGGGAAGGAGGAGGAGAUUGUUGAGUUUCAGCGAAGAUGGAGAGGAGAAGGAGGCGCAGUAUGAACCCGGGGUCAGACUGUCAUACCCCGGCACGGAGAGCUACAUCUCCUUUCCACAGCCAAGUGACAACAACAACCAGUACAGCUACAACCUGAACUCCCAUCUGACUGACACGCUCAGAAAAGAAGACGAAUUCAUCGAGGAGAAAUUCAAAGGGUUAAUAGCUGUGGAUGACAAGCAGAGUGAUAUGAAAGUAACCUCCUCGUCUGUCUUCUCUCAUCAACGUCGGCCUCCCCGCUCCCUCCUUUCUCCUACCCUCCAACCUCCUCUCUCCACCCUCUCCCUCCUCUACCAGUUUGGAGCCGGGGAGAAACACACCCUCCUCCCCCAGCCUGUCCCUUUGUCUUUACAACGGGGCACCUCCCUGCUGUCUCCUCCUCUGACUCCUCUGCUGUCCCCUACACCCCCACCUUUCUCGUCCUCGCUCCUGUCAGUGCGGCCGACUAUGAACGACUUUGCCAGGAAGGUGGAGGGCUUCUGGAUAUUGCGGGAGCUGCAGAGUUGGCUGUGGCGAUCGGCAAAAGACUUCAACCGUCUCAAGAAGAGGUUCCGAGGUUGAGACACUGAAAAUUGAACUUUACCAGUGCACACACACACACACACACACACACACACAGACACUCGCAUACCGUGAAUAAGAAUGGUUUACACACCCUUGUUAAAAUGCCAGGACACUAAGACAUUCGAUUUUGGAACUUGGAAGUAAAAUUUCAAGAAAACAAACUAAAACCAAUAUUGGAAAUAAAUUGAAUAAAACAAAAGUAGUUGCAUAUGUAUACACACCCUUAAUCCACUACCUUGCCUUUGCACAUUUAUAACAGAAGUCAAGCUUUUGGUUCGGAGUCCGUCCACAUGACACGUCUUGUCUUGGCAGAUCUUACAGAUGUGCUUCAAACCCGUCAGUUUGCGUGACAGCAGCUCCUGGGCUCGGCCACCUUCACCUCCUCCUACUUUUCUACUGUUGAAGUCAGUCAUUUUUUAUAUUUUAUUUCUUCAAUUUUCCUAGCAAACACUACUAAGUUUCCAGUUUUGUUUCCAAAGUGGGGGGCGGCCCCCUCUAAGGGCACAGAGCUAUUGCAGAUGUAGCCCAGUAAGGCAAGUUCAUUUCAAUAUUUGUUUUUUAUUUGUGCCAUUGUGAAAACUUGCACUGAAUUUAAACUUCAUUUCCUGUGUUGUUCCCGUGAAUAUAGUCAGUGUCAGGGGCUGGAGAAUAUUGUAGUCCAAAGACAGACUCGUCACCACUGUAUGGUUUCCUUAAUGAAACUCUUAGAAAUAGAAUUAGCCUUAUCAUCUAACAUUGGUGACAGGAGACUCGGAGUUGUGCCUGACUUGUUAGAGAAGGCUUCUGUUUGGCAACACUUUAACAUCGUCAGAUGGAUUAAAGGUGUGGGUGAAUUUCGACACAGGCCUCUUUUCAGCCUCACCGAUCAGUUUUCUGUUCCUGGUCCAAACUGUGUUCUGUGGUAUUUAAUGGCUUGGAAACGAAACACCCCGGUGUCAGCGUUUAAUAUGAAACAACUUGGUAUUUUAACAAGGGUUGAAACAUUUUAUUCUCCCUGUUCCAACAUGUAGAGUCAGAAAGUCUGUUUGCACAAAAUAAAAAAGACAACAAAGUUUUUUUUUUUUCUUAAAAAAAGAGCACAUGAACAAUCCAUUCUCAUCAUGUUCAUUCAUACUGUACUGGAAGAAGUGAAUGGAGUAUUAAUGGUCAGGUCACCAGUGAGUGCAGAUGGAAUAAGACACAGACAGACAGUCAGACAACGUCAACCCAUCACCAGCACUGUCACCCUUCUGAUGCACAUAGCAGCUCAUUGAGCGAGACACACUGGGACUGGGCUGAGUUACCGGACUUCACGGCUCAUAGAUCAGCAGAAAUACCACUGGAGGUGGUUAGGCUUACACACACACACACCCACACACUCACACACAGGCUCACUCAUUUAUGUACAAAGGAUUAAUUUAGUGACAGCCAGCAGGAGAGACAGGGCAGCCCGGCCAUUGAGCGAAAACUGAUUCAGUGACCCUCAGAAGUGUGAAUCAGCAAACAUUCUUUUUCUCUGAAGGCAGAAGGGAAAAUUUAUGAAUGGGUAAAGAACAAAAGAGAGACAAGAGGAAAUGGCCAGAGGCAGGAUGAGAGCAUGGAGGAGGAGGAGGAGGAGGAGGAGGAGGAAGAAGAGAAAGAAAAACGAGAGGAAGGGGGAAGGAGGCGUGAGUCAGGGGGGUGAGGACGGCAGAUAACGGGCAGAGGGGUUUUGCUGAGUAAUCAGAAGACAGUCGUUAGUUACAGUAACACUACAACAGCGCCACACAUACGGUGCUGUCUAGACACACACACACACACACACACACACACACCAACUUGGUGCCUUAUCAUACCAUUCACUUGCUGCUUUUUCCAUCUCUUCAAGAUUUCUAUGAAAAUGUAAUUUGAUAACAGGAACUCUUCAGCAUAUUUAAUUUCUUCUCUUUUUACAUUUCUGUUGAUGUACAAUUUUUGUUUUUCUAUUUCAAAGGGACAGUAGGACGUUUUGGUAAAAGGCUUUUUAUGUUAACCAGUUAACAAAGCUUAGCACAACGGCUGAAAACAGACAAACAGCUCUGAUCUGAUUUGGUAUCACGUAUCGUUCCAUCUCAGAGCAUGAUGGGUAGAAGUAAUGUUUUUAUAUUAUUGUUCAAACCCACUGCAUGUCCACUAAGCCAUCAAUAAAGAAAAAAAAGUUGUCUGGGAUCAGAAGAAAAGAAUCCAGUGUAGUAGGAGUCUGGAAAAGGUUGACGGAACAGGUUACAGUCAAAGUGAUUCAACUCGAGCGUCUCGUCCCUUACCAUCUGCUCCUGCAUCGAUCUCUGCCCUCACAGUUCCUCAGAAGAAUCACUCUUUCAAGUUGACCUGGAGAGAGAGACAGACAGACAGAGAGAGAGAGUCCUGUGAUCAUCAUUAGUUCCUUUAACAGAAACGAUUCCCAGUAUAUUCCCACAACAACGUCCUUACCAUCGGAAUGGUAAUAAGAAGGAGCUAAUCUGGCAAAAUUGACUAUUUGUAUCCAUUGUUAAAUGCAUUGGUUGAGGCCAGAUGCAAAUUUAUUACCUUAGAAUGAAUAUCAUAUUACAGUUUGCAGACAACUUUAUUGAUGGCUGAAAGGAUGUUUACACUGUGGGUUUAUUUAGCUGCAUGAUUCUAAUAAUGAAAACAAACAAAACAAACUAUAGCAUCUCUUUAAAACUGAUCAUGAAUACAGAUGUAGGACUGAAGUACUCUCUGCUGGUCUCUUAUCGGAUAAACAGAGAAGUAGGUAUGACAGCAUUCCUUAGUGAAUGAAACAGGAGAUACGCACUGGCCAGAUAAUAAAUGACCUAGUCAAAAACAAGCUACCUCAAGAGAAACUAACAGAAAGUUCAACAAAUAUGUUCCAGAAGAAAAUAAUGGAAUCUAUUUUUCAUCUCCAAAACAACUUAUUGACUGACUCUUAAAAGCAAAGUUUGGAUUUUUCCACCAAUUUGCUCAACUCUAGGUUGUGUAAGGUCUUUAACAGAAACAAAUGUUAAAUAGAUACAGCAGUAUAAUCCUAUUGAGGUGGAAAACAACAGUAAAGUGAGGUCUUUAAAGGACAUCAGGUUGUAUGUAUGUAUUUUGAACUCUCAUAAAAGACUAUUUAUUAUCCCAUAUCAGGUCUAUCAACAACAGCGCAGCCUUAGUGCAGGUGAUGGAAACUCAUUCCCAUACAGUUACUCUAUAUCGUACUCUUAAAUACCUGGUAGCUCUUAUUGUAUCUGUGUUCGUGCCGAUGCUGUGCUGUUUGUGAGCGAAAUCUGACGCUGAACCAUAAAUCCAAACUUACACUGAGGGGUAUCUGUGUCAGCUCCUCCCUUCCGCUGAUCGUAAAUCUGACUUCAGUCUUUGUGCUAAGCUACGCUCACCUGGUUUGAGCCUUAUAAUCACAAUGAACCAGGUGAGACAGACUGGCAUCAGCCUCCUUCUGCCUCCUGUAGCUCUUCAAAAGAAAAGUGAGAUUUGCCAAAAUGUUCCAACUGUCUCUCUCAGUCACUCUGCACUUCUUUAUACAUAAAACACACGGACAUGGAGCUGGA